AUGUCCAAGAAAGAUCAUGGUCGAUGUUUGGUUUGUGAUGAUGCAGCAAUUGGAUUAAACUUCGGCAUACCGACGUGUAUGCCUUGCAAAGCUUUCUUCCGUCGAAAUGCCAUCAAACUCGGUGUCCAACAAUAUGUUUGUCAUAAUGACGGUGAUUGUAUAAUAUCGUACAAGUUUCGUCGAUCGUGUAAUUGCUGUCGACUGGCGAAAUGUUUUCGUGUGGGAAUGGACAAGGGAAUGAUUCUAUCGGACGAAGAACGAGAUGCUCGUAAUCAACUAGUAGAAAUCAAUCGACUAAAACGAGGAAAGGUUCCAAAACAGCAGUGCGCCAAAUGGAUGCAACCAUCACCUUUACUGAUCAUCUCAACCAAUCCUCUGUAUGGCCUUCGUCCGAAUGAUCAGGUUGUUCUUGGCAACAUCUUUGGUGCAUAUGAAAACAACUGUACAAUAGCGAAAAAUGUUGAAUUACAACGUGUUCCGAACAUCCAAUACACAUCUCUACAUGAAUAUUGCAACGAAAUAUCCUUCGAAUUUCGAAGUUGUAUUCAAUUUCUGAACCACAUACCAGAAUUUGCUAGAUUUACUAUCGAUGAUAAAGUACGUUUGUUGAAGAAUCAUUUCGGUAUUAUAGCCAAUUUGAGUGGACCGAUGAUGCAUCUGAUGUCUUUGCAAAAUGCAAUUGUAACAUGGACAAAUGUUUUCGGUGUCAAAAUUGCUCAGCGUCUUCUAAAAUCCAGUGCACUGCUUCAAGCAUAUUUAAAUGACCCAAUGAUUUUGAAACUUCUUAUUGUUAUCCUGGUCCUCUCCAGUAGUAAUGGCCGUAAUCUUCAUUACAUUGAUAUAGACCAGAUUUGUGACGAUCCAUUAGGUAUAUUUUCUGCUCAAAAUAUUUACGUCGAAUUACUAUGGAGAUACAUUCUUUCGCGUUCGGCAAGUCACAAGCAUGCAGUUCAAUUCUUUAACAAAUUAAUCAUGUGUGUUUUGUACAUGAAGAAUUUGGACAUGGACAUCGACGACCAUAUAAACGAUUUUCGAUGGGAAAUUGAACAGAUGGAUCCAAUAGUGAAGAAUAUGUGGCCAAAUUCAUCGCAAUUUGAAGAAAUAAUAGAUAUGGACGUUGCAGAAGAUAUUGCUCUUUAA